CUAGCAACAAUGGUUGUUGGUUGUAAUAUGGCGGCGCCCUUGUUAUUUGUUGCUCUCCGCUGUGUCCGCUAAUGUCGUUAAUGCAGUUAUGUUUAUUUCUUCUAAACUUUCUGUCGACUGUCGCUGAAACGAGUCCGUGAUCCUCGCUUCCCGCUCUUGACUCUCCAUCGCAGUUGUCAGUCUUGUACACCACUUUAUAACGCAGAUGGGGCUGGAACAGAGCAGUCACUCGAGUGGCGGUUCUCUGAAAGUUGGAAAGGGUCGUCACACUAAGGCGUCUUCGCCACGCCCUUCAAUUAGUUCCGACUCCGAUGUCCCGUAUGUCUCAUCAACAGUGAACAACCCGAUCGGAGAGUCCCCCAAACUCGGCAGCAAGAGCCCGGCACAUCUCUUGCGAAACUCACCGCGACCUUCGCCCAAACCGCGUCCUCACUCAUAUGCGGGCACUUCAGGUCACAGCAUCGUGGUCGUCAAGGAAGGAAGCGUGGACGUACAGACUCCAGAGAACGACGAGGACCUCAUCAAGUUGCAGUCGAUACCGCAAUUCUGGCCCAUCCUCAAAGGCAGCCUUCACAGCCCCAUCAUAUGCGACAGCGACGUGGGAGAGAGGCUGGAUCACCGUGCCGUGAACCGGUUGGCUUCCCGUUACCAGGAGCACCUGAGGCAGUCUGCCGAAGUGGUCAGCACAGAGCAGAAUGCACUAGCAGCAAGAAUUCGUGAGAUUGACUAUGCGGUAUCUACGCUCAGCACGAUGAUGACAGAGCGGCAAAAAAAGUUUGGAAAGUAUGUGGAGCAACUGCUCAAAGUGCACGAACUCUCAAGCCUCCUUCAUACAACAGAGAGCAUGUUGUCAAAAACAAUACAGCAGUUGGAUGAACUCAAUCGGCUGCUGCCUCCAGAGGAACAGCUGGAACCAUUCAUCAUGGUUACUGGCUGAAUGUUAGUGCUGUGAAACGUUUGUGAUGUUUUGGCUUUAAAAGACUUUGGCAAACUACUUUCAGUAGUGUUUUAAAUGGUAAAUAAAAUCGUAUUUAAGUGCU